AUGAUUUCCGAACAGAAAUAUCCUGGUUACGAAGAAAUUACGUCUUAUUUGACGCGGCAUAAAAAAUCUUUUUGGGGCUUUCUACUUUGCCAUCGAGAUACAAUCGUUAAUAUCACUUCACCUAUUUCUCGCAGACAGGAUCCCGAAGGCGACUGGGUCCGUAAUUUCUUACUAGAAGCAAGAAAACUCGGUAAAGAUUUAGAAGAAAUG